UGCGUUUGUAUCUGGUCUGGCGUAUUCAUAUAUUACAAUACAAUAAUAUAAUUAAUACUGAGCAAUUUGGCUCAAUUACACCAAGGCACAUUGUUAUUAAGUGAGGGAUAUUACAAUUGGAUGGUUGGAUAUUUAGUACGAUAUUAGAAAGGUGCCACUACAGACAGAAAUUCAAGUAUGGCUGCGAAAAAGGUUGAUAUACAAUCCCAUAUAGAAGACUGGGCGUGGAAUAAGUUCCUCAAGGACCCUACUAGAAAGGAACGGAAGCUCUACGACCAACAGCUCGUUGCUAUGGAGCUCGACUGGAAACGCGUGAAAUUUCAUGACAGCCCACCGGUGUACGAUCCCGAGGCGUCAGCCCCUGGAGCUAGGACAGGGGUCCCUACCGCAAACGUCCUAUUUUGCACAACAUUUAUGAACAAAACACAAGACGCCCAAACGUAUUCGUUCAAAAGCGAACGUACAACCCGUAGCUCAUGCACUAUCGAGGUCGAGAACGGUUAUACAAUGGGUAUGGAAAUGAGUGUAAAACUGGCGACGCCUUGUGAGAUUUUUGAAGCAAACGCUGGAUUUAAUCGAGAAAUGACCUUGACCAAUUAUGAAGGUCAAACAAUAGAAGAGGAGUUGACGUGGGGCGUUGAUAGCCAAAUAAAAGUCCCUGCAAGAACCACAGCAGAGGCCAAACUUAUGAUUCUCGAAGAAAAAUACGAGGGCAAAUUCACGGUGACAACAACGAUAAAAGGCAGAGUCAGGGCUAUAUUCACUAACAUGAAAGACAAUAAUAGCUUUAUGAAAGUCUACGAAGGUAACGUAGAUGACAUAAUUAAGAAAGCAAGAGACUCUGGGAAGAUUAAGGGUGAAGCGGUAACGGUCAGCAAAGAUGAUAAAUGUGUAGUGUGUAGAACGCAAGGACAAUGUAAAUUCAAAUACGGUUUGAAACAAACUGUAGAAGUUGACCAAACUAAACUUUAACUCAACGAAAUACUGCUGUUUAUUAUGUUCUUACCACGUUGCAUUUUAGAAUUACGAAAUGCUUAUAUUGUAAUUGUUGUUUCUUGUUUGAUUGGUCAGGCCAAGUGGAUGACACGUCACCAUGGUAACACUCGUUGCUAUGAGCUGAAUGUUUUGUUAAGUCACCUGGACAACUCUUUCAUAGAACUUUGGCCGUCUUUCUAUUGUUGGUCCAAAAGAAUAGAAACGCAUUGGUUUCCGGUCUUAAUAAUAUUACCAUCUAAAACUGGCUUUCAGAAUUCAAUAUUCUGUUUUGGAAGCAGUUUGCAAUAAUCUCUGUCUUUAUUAUACUCACUCCAAUAACAAGUUCCAAUUAGUGAGAUUUCGUAUCCAAUAACAAAUAUCAUACCUGAUAGUUAUCUCAAAUGACACAUGUCCUACGCGUAAUAUAAUA